AUGGCACCGUUUGAAGCUCUGUAUGGAAGAAAGUGUAGAACUCCAUUAUAUUGGACUGAAUUAAGUGAAUCGAAACUGGUGGGAGUGGACUUGAUUCGGGAAACUGAAGAAAAAGUUCGUAUUAUUCGAGAUUGUUUAAAAGCUGCCUCCGAUCGGCAAAAAUCAUAUGCAGAUUUGAAGAGAAGGGAUAUAGAGUUUAGUGUGGGUGAUCGUGUAUUUUUGAAAGUGUCACCGUGGAAGAAAGUUUUGCGGUUCGGCAGAAAGGGAAAACUCAGCCCACGAUUUAUCGGGCCGUAUGAAAUCAUUGAAAGAAUCGGUCCGGUAGCUUAUAGAUUGGCUUUGCCCCGGGAACUUGAAAAUAUUCAUAAUGUGUUUCAUGUGUCUAUGUUGAGACGGUAUAGAUCAGAUCCAUCACAUGUAAUUCCUCAUACGGAAAUAGAGCUCCAACCUGACAUGACUUAUUCAGAGGAACCGGUGAAAAUUUUAGCUCGGGAGGUUAAAGAGUUGAGGAAUAAACGUGUACCACUAGUUAAGGUGUUAUGGAAUCGACAUGGAUCCGAGGAGGCAACACGGGAAACGGAGGAAUUGAUGAGAUUUCAUAUCCGAAUUUAUUUCAGUCACGAAAUUUGGGACGAAAUUUCCUAA